UAAUGGGGUAAUGUUAGAUGGGAAAACUUAUUCAUUUACUCUUUCAAUCUCUGCGAUGUUUAAACUACUCGACCCGACGUAGUGUUUUAGUAAACAACCUGGUGCUUGCUACAAAUUAAUUGAUAUCAGUCACAUUAAUUAAUUGUGUAGUCAAUUUAGUCAUGUCGUUUAGUGAACUUCACGAAGUUAUUGAGUUAAAGUUUGGUGAGAUUAAAAAAUAUGUGAAAUCAAUUGUAAUCAGAGUGGAGAGAGUUGGGUCGGACGGAUCAUCCGAGGAACUUCCUAAAGUGGAUCGACUAGUGGAGAAAGCAAAACAAUUGGUGCUGGAGACAAAUACAGCCAUGUGUGAAUUACACGAUGUCGAGCUGGAUUCCACUUCCAAACGCAUCAAGACACGAGAUAAAUUGGCAAAAGAAUUCGGAGAGAUAUUGGUCGGGUACCGUGAAACAAUGUGGUCUGUUCUUAAAAAGAAGAAGAGUCUGAUGUCAACUAAAUCGGACCAGCCCCCCAGGAGGCAAUUGAAUCUUGACGACAUUCCGGAUGGUACUUCAGUCUAUGUCAUUGAAAAAAUAGAUGAUCAAUACACCGCGUCCGCUAAGCAAAAAACCGAACUGCUUGAAAUGAAUGGUGUUGAAUUGAACCGCGUUCUGAUACAAGUAUUCAGAGAUGCGUUAUUUAGACCAAGGGAGUUGACAUAUGGAGAGUCGUCCCUGCAAGAUAAGUUUCUUUGGGCAAAAGGUGCAAUUAGCUCGACGAAUAAUCGAAGCAAGGAUAACGGUGUGACUGGGGGAUCUUGUAGUUAUCUCGAUAAAUGGACAAUCCCAUUGUUUGCUGAUCCGAUCGAAGUAAUUGACCCCUCACUUUUUGGUGCCUCUUUCAAGAGUGCUGCAGCACUAAAAAAUUAUACCCGAGACUACAAGGAAGCUAAGUGUUCAAUCAAGCCAAAAACUGUAAAGAAACUCUUGUCAAGACACUGGGAUGUCAUAAAUUAUGCUAUUAAUUCAGCAACAGACAACGUCAUCGAUGUUGUCGAAAAAGAAGAUGAAGUGUGCGUUGCAUUGAGUGGACCAGAGAAAAAGAAACGAAAGUCCAGAGGAACGGCAGAUUGGCAGAUUGGUCGGCAGAUUGGGAUGCGAUUUAUGUGAUUAUCGAUGCGACAAGCCUUCAGCCAUGAUUGCUCAUGUCCGGACUCACACGGCUGAGAAACCUUUCGUUUGUGAAACCUGUCACUCCGGAUUUGCAGAUAAAUCGGGUUUAAAUAAACACAUAAAGAACGGAUGCACGUUCAAGGGGAAAGGUCGCAAGCUCGGAUUCAAACAGAUCGAAAAAAAUAGACAAGUUGUCGUUCUACCGUCUGCACCCAAUGAAGGUUCAACUAGCAACACCGAAGUUGCCGAACUCAGGAACGAGAUCGUCACACUCAAGUCAAAUUUGCAGAAGAAGGACGACACCAUCGUCACACUCAAGUCAAAUUUGCAGAAGAAGGACGAGACCAUCAUCUUGUUAAAUCAAAAGAUUGCCGGGUUGGAGAAAAAGUUGACAAAAAGACACCCGUUUUCCAACGUGCAAACCUCAAACGCCAUGCAACACAUAAUUCCAUUUCCGCGGAAAAGAACCUCACAGACUGAUAACCCAAAAUCUAAUAAAAAAUCAUCAGCGAGCAGCGAAAACAAUCACUAAUAAUAUUAACAACAUUUUUCCUAGUACAAAUAAAAUGGGAUAUUAAAAAAUA